GUUUCUUUACAUCCAGCGAAAGACGAACGAACCUCGAAACGUCGCGAAACAUCACAACAACUCGACAACCGACACAAUGGCCGCUGCUACUCUGCCCAACAUUUCCUCGGACCUGAUCUGGGAGGUCGUCCGAAGCAACAACAGCUACCUCCACAAGACUGGUGCUGCCUCAAACGGUGGUGUUCAGUUCUCCCGCGACCCCCUUAACCUGAAGAACGUCCACAGCCGAAAGUACGCUGGUUUCGUCAACGAGAAGGCUGUCGGCAUUGCCCCUGGCGAGAAGGGCGGCGUUGUUGUCACCAGCAAGAAGACUGCUGCUGCUCACCAGCCCAGCAAGUCUGCUGCCCAGACCUCCAUCGGUGGCGGCAAGUCCACCCGCAAGACCUACAAGGCCGUUGCCGCCCAGGUUGCCAAGUCCGGCUACCGCGCUGACCUCCGCGCCGCUGCCAUCGAGCGUGCCUCUGCCAUCCGCCGAUCCCAGCUCCCCGUCAAGGCUGACCCCGAGCCCAAGCUGAGGGGCAAGAAGGCCAAGGCUGCUGCCGCUGGCGAGUCCUAAAUUUGGAAGAACGGGACGAGAAUUGGAAAGGCUUUGGGGAUGAGUUGGCUGGGCUGGGAGUAGGGGUCUGAAACGGCUUUUUCAACUGUACAUUUGGCCUGGUU